AUGAAGCCCUUGUCUCUCCUCCCGCUGGGGUUUGCCCUGGCCACGGCGACCACUCCCAAGCUGCAUGAUUUCGAUGCCCUCGGUGCCUGGUUCGACGGGGUCAACGCCAUCAAUGCGACCUCUAUGAACGCUACAGCCCGUGCAGCUGCGAAAAACACCUCGGUGGCGAUUGUCGGUGGAGGAAUAUCCGGUCUAGCCACCGCGCUGAUGCUCGACAGCGUCGGCGUGCACAACUGGGAGAUCAUCGAAGCCAGCGAUCGCAUCGGCGGCCGGUUCCGCACCAAAUUCGUCGGGGGCACGCAGGAAUGGGCCGAGAUGGGUCCCAUGCGUCUGCCCGUGCGAGCGCACUACACCGACGGCGACGUCGUCGAGUACACCGACCAUGCCAUGGUGUUUCAGCUGGCAGAGCUCCUGAACCAGAUGAACCGUAACGACUCCCAAUGGCGGAUCGAUUUCAUCCCCUGGAUUCAGCACCACCCCAACGAGCUCCUCGCCCUGGGCACCCGCCGUCUCCCCGAUGGACGCAUCCCCACGCGCGCCGACAUCGAACAAGACAGCAGUCUGGAGGAGCCGGCCGCUGUGUCUGGGGAAGAAUACGACCGCACGGAACGUCGCAUGGACGCCAUCCUCAUGCGCAAGGAGAAGCUUAAGUCCCUCCAGCGUGACGUCUGGCGCGCCCACCGCGAGGCUAUGGACCAGGGUCUCGACGACUGGAGCGAGCAGGCCAUGAUGCGCCAUGUGUUCCACGCCAGCGAGAACGUCACCGACGCCAUCUGGACCGCCAGUGAUUACGACGUGUUCUGGGACGAGCUGCACCACAACUCGAAUCUCGAGUUAGACGGGAGCCCCGGGUCGCUGGGCAAGACGGAAUGGACCUGCAUCGAUCGCGGAUUCAACCGGUUGUCGGAUGCAUUCCUGCCUCAUGUGCGGGAUCGUCUGACGCUGCAGCGCAAAGUUCGCAAGCUGGAGUCCUUCUCCCGGGACGACGGCCGCACGUACACUCGCCUGUCGUGGUAUCCCUCGGUCGCGAACCGCACCUACGAAAGCAAGGACUACGACUAUACGAUCAUGGCGGUGCCUUUCACCAUGACGCGGUUCAUGGACCUCCCGAAAUUUUCCUCCGUGUUGGACCGCGCGAUUAGCGAGGCCGGUCUGCGUUUCAAGUCCGCCUGCAAGGUUGCUCUCUUGUUCUCGGAGCGGUUCUGGGAAAAGGGCGACAAGCCUAUUUUUGGUGGAAAGUCGACGCCCCCUAGUGAUGCUGUUGGGGCGCUGUACUACCCAGUCUACGGGCUCAAUGAAUCGCGACCGGGUCUGAUUAUGCACUACCGUGGCGGAGACUGGAGUGACAGGUUCGUCAGCUUCUCGGAGGAGGAGCACGUGCAAACGGUACUAGAUGCAGUCGUUGCGUUGCACGGUGAGCAGGCGAGGGACCUUUACACCGGAGACUACGAGAGAUUGUGCUGGCUGCAGGACGAGCACACGGCGACCUCGUGGUGUCGCCCCGACGUCGAGCAGCACCGGCUGUACAUCCCUGCGUACCACCGGACGGAGCAUAACACCAUCUUCAUCGGAGAGCAUACGGCACCGACGCAUGCGUGGGUGAGCAGUUCGCUGCACUCUGCGGUUCGAGGCAGCGUGCAGCUGUUGUUGGACCUGGGACAAUCAGACACCGUCAGUGGUGACCAACUCUGGACUCGCCCUGCGGGUCCACUCCAUCCAGCUCCCAUCGUAGAUCCGGCGAGGCAUGCGAAAUCCCGUCUCCUCUCCGAUAACGGCAAGAAAGUCUUCGUCGUCGCGUCCAACAUCGCCGCCAGCGGCUCCCGCACAGGGUACACCGUGGGGCCAGGGACAGAAGCCAGCUCCCCAUGGGAAACGGGAUACCCCUGUUGCACGUACAGCCGGAAAUUGUUCAGCACCUGCACGGACUCGUGUCCGAAGAAGCGACAGGCCCAGGCCACGCGCGGAGCGCUGUACAUGCCCACGUCGGCUGUGUCGUAG